ACUAGAUAAAAGGCGGAAACUUCGAACGAGCCAGAGGAACUAGAAAGACUCAAAGAUUGUUGAUGUCUUGUAUUGACAACUGCAAUCAUGACGUUUGAAUUCCUUAUCCCUGUCGCUCGAGACGACCUGCUGAACAAGACGAAUGUGUCUCAGUUUGUUGUUGAUGAGGUGUUGUCACCUAGAGAGUUACCAGGGGCUUUACAUGAACUGAAGACAAACUUACGGACUCAUGGAGCUCGUGUAAUUCUGGAAAAUUUUGAUGUUUUGUUCAGUGUUCUGUGUCUACAAAGAGAUCUUGCCCAUGAAUUGAAGGAAGAUGCUUGGGAACUUGUUGUGAAUAUUGCAAAAUCCUUGUCAAAUGACCUUGCAAAUAUUCUGGAAGAUGAACCCCCAGUUGCGGAGGAAAAACGGAACAGCCUUAACAUGGUCAAGAUGGUGUGCUACCUUCUGUGUCAGUACAUGGAAAUGUUGGAUGCUGAUGACUCCAAACCAAGUGCAACACAGUUAGUUAAUGCAAAGGGCCGGGCUAAGACCAGCAAGAUGAAGAAAGCAAGCACAGGGAUGGAUUGGGACGAGGAGCGUGGAGUGGGACUUAAGGCCCUGCUGCAUCUUGUAUCACUCAACCUGCACAGACUGUGGGACCCACCCAUUCCAGACGAAGAAUUUGUCAACUUGGUUACAAAUUGUUGUUACAAAUUGUUCGAAAAUCCUGGAAUGUCAUAUGCCUCUGCAAUGGAAACAAGACAGGUGAUGAAUCGCAUCCUGGCUGUCAUGGUGAAAAGCUACAACCACAGUUUGGGUUGCAGUCUAAAGUUGGUACAGCUGGUCCAGCACUUUGAACAUCUUGCGGUUCCCCUGGCCCAGACGCUACAGGUCAUUACUGAGGAGUUUGGAGUGAAAACUGUUCUGUGUGAAAUAACAAGGGAAAUAGGACGUCUGGCCCCAGAGGAUGCAGCGAAAGAUUCCUCAGGAACUCGUAACUGCUCCACCUUCCUGGUGGAGAUUGCUGACAGGAUCCCAGCUUAUGUUCUGCCCAAUAUGAGUCUGUUAUUGUGUCACCUGGACAGUGAGCCGUACAUCAUGAGGAACUGUGUGUUAGGUGUGAUCGGGGAGAUACUGAUGAAGGUUCUCAACAAGGACAGUUUGGACGACAAAACCAAGGCAACACGUGAUCAGUUCCUCGACAAUCUGGAGGAUCAUGUCCAUGACACUAAUGCCUACGUCAGGAGCAAAUGUCUGCAGAUCUGGAUAGCAAUCGUAAAUGAAAAGUGCCUUCCACUGAGUCGACAGGUCAGCCUGACCACUCUGGUUGUCGGCCGACUCCAGGACAAGUCCAGCUCGGUCCGCAAACAGGCCCUUCAGUUGAUCACCAACCUGUUCAAAUGCAACCCAUACGCAGCCAAGUUUUCAGUCAAAGAACUGGAACAGAGUUAUGAAAGUGAAGCUGAGAAGUUGAAACAGAUGAUGAGAGAGGAUGUGGAGAAUGGUGGGCAAGGUAACCCAAUGAUGGAAAAGUUGGAGACUGAAUGGCAAACAAUGGAGAUCAAGAUAAAUGAGGCUCUGCUUGACGAAGGAGAAUCACAGGACACAGAGAAGGCAGAAUCUGGAGACGAGGAGGAGGAAGGAUCACAAAAACAAAUCAAAACUUCAGAUGCUGUAAUAACGGACGAGGACAAUCUGGACAGUGUAACAGCAAGAGUUAUGUCCCUUCUGAAGGAAGAAAAGUGGUGUGCUACCCACAAACUGAUGACAGCUAUGGUGAUGACUUACCCAGAUUCUUCUAAGGAGGCUUCACAGGAGAGUGAAAGAACGGAUUCACAAGAAUCAAGUCAGGAAGAUGGUACCAAUAUCAUCCAGUGUCUUAAAAAGUUGUUCCUCAGGCAGAAGAGCAUUAACCUAGAAUUGUCUGAAGACGCUAUCCACAGUCAAAUGUCUGAGGACCAAUGUGGGGCAGUCAGUGACAUGUCCAAGCAGCAGGUGCUUGUUUGGUACUUAAGGGACACACUUGCCUUUGGAGUGGAAACUGAAAAAGCCUUUCCCAUCAUCUGUCGCCUGUUGGGAUCGGAGAACGUAUCAGAUGUUCUAGGCGCUGUAGAUUUCUUUGUGACUGGGUUUAAGUUUGGUCUAUCCUCAGCCAUGCAGGGAGUACGACGCAUGUUGCCACUUAUCUGGUCGAAGGAAUCUGGUGUCAAGGAUGCUGUUGUUGAUGCCUACAAAAAGAUGUAUCUGUCUCCUGAAGGCAACAGUCAAAGAGCGUGUGCCCUAGCUAUAGUGAAGAACCUGACAGCACUGAGCUAUGGCGUCACCAUAGGAGAUCUUACCUCACUCGAAGGCUUGAUGAUGGAGCUGAUGAAAACAGGAGACCUGAACAGCACUGUGAUGAAGAUUCUUUGGGAACGCUUCACACUCAAGAUCCCAGACACAUCAGCCGAGGACAGCCGAUCAGCAAUCUUACUUCUGUCCAUGGCAGCAGGAGCUGAUAACACAGUGGUACGAAGUAACAUCAACGUGAUGGUGAGUGAGGGACUAGGACCUCGGGCAGAGUCCGACUUCAUCCUGGCCAGGGACACCUGUCUGGCACUCCUCAAACUCUCUAACUCUAAAAGG